AUGCCGGCUUAUUUCAGCAACCUCUUCCUACUUAACGGUUCUGAGCAGCAACCAGCCUGCUACCAAGUGACGAUCUACCGCGCAUACAACGUGCCCUGCAGCGCGCAUGCACGCCCGGACACUUUGGGGAACCCCCCUAGCACGUGCGUGAGACUCGCCUUUUCUGACCUAAUGUUUAUUUUGCUCGGGGCAAGAGAAACAGUAGACUCAGAAUUUGUCCACGAAUCAAUUGAGCAUAUCUCUUGUUCACCUUACAUUGCUUGUUCACAGGGUGAGACCAGCCCGCAGCACCGCACCAAUAACCCAGUGUACAUCGAGCGCAUAUCAGUGAUCGAGAUGUUUCCGAACGUGUGCGACAUAAUCCAGUUGGAUGUGUGCUCUGUUAACGUGGGGUCGAAGGUUCUGGCAAGUACGAAGUUGAAGCUGUCGGAAAUAUCGCAUGGCGGUGAAAACGGAUUCCUACCCACGUUCGGGCCGUCCCUUCUCCACAUGUACGGGCCGUGGCGCGAGUCUGAUGACGGGCCCUUCCACCGCGGUGCGCUACUGGUGGCCAUGAAGACCAUAGUUCCUUAUUACAAGCAGGAUCUCAGGACGGUUCACGUGGAAUCGGUGAACGCUGGGUUGCUGGAUACGGAGUGGAUUAUCGAGAAUUUCAUUAUGUUCUGUCCUGUCUUCGAAGUGUCCAUGCUGGAUAAGAGCUUGUCGGGAACCUCAUGUGGGAUCGCCAUCACCACUGGAGAGAUCCCAUUUAGCAGCCCCUUUGGCCAAGAUCCUGACGAAUUUGAGAGAGUGAUGUCUGAAAUAAAACAGAAGAAGCUGCAUUACACGGGUGGCAGGCCCGUCCGCUGGAACAGCCACGUGUCGGGGCACCUGGAGCUGACGUGCCCGGUGCUGCAGGUGGCCGCGCGGCUGCCGGACUUGCGGUUCCGGGUGUACGUGGACAACGUGCUGCUGGGGAUCCUAGCUGAUCUGGAAAACAAUCUUUGGGAAAUCUCCACCCGUCACACAAACAAUGACUACAAGUAUCCCGACGACCUUGUAGAGUCUCUCCAUCGCUCGAACGACGAAACUGCCGCCAAGAUCAAGAAGUUUCUAGAAAUUGUCCAACACUCCAGUUCUAACGACGGCAUGCAAAAGUAUACUACGGAGCUUGAUCAUAAACUUGUUCAGCUGCAGAAGGAGAAGAUCGAAAAAAUAUACAGUCGGCUAAUAUCAAGAAUGACUAAAGCCUCGCCGUACUGCAAGAAAACUGUCAAAAUGAUGCUGGCUGAAGCGAAAAGCGUCUACCAAGAGCUGAAAGAACUCAUGUACAAGACCCCAGACGGCUGGCCGCACAUAUCAGUAUGGCUGCUAAGCAACGGGUCCCGCGUCGCACACACCAAGAUAUCACCGAGUGACCUCAUACAUUCCGUCACGCCGGAACAGUGCGGCCGGCGAUGCGGGAAAAUACAGACGGUUUAUCUGAAGCCAAUAAAAUGCCCUCACCACCACCCGGUGGACUGCCACUGCAUCUCCGGAAAAGUAGAGCUGCUCGCUUGGAUGGGCUUGUUCAGGCAUCGCGGCAUGUUCCAGGAUUGUAUUCCAGACGGGUAUAGAAUUACCGAAUCGGGCCUUGGCCUCGAGUGUGAACCAACGUUCCUCGAAUGCUGCGUGAACAUCUUUCGCGCUAAGCUGUCCUGCUUGAGCGAUCUCAGCGGUCUGUCGUCCUUCGUGAGAAUCCACUUUAUGAACAACGUCAAAGAUACACAGGUAUGUCAAAAUACCGCCUACCCGGUUUGGAGUGAGGUGCUCCGUAUAUCGUGCAGUGCUAACGUGUCCCCCCAACGCCUGGAGACUAGUCCACCGGAGAUACUCGUCGAGGUGUACCACUGGGAAGCCACGCAAAAGGGUAAAAUCGAUCUGCUCGGUCGCGUCACAUUGACGCCCGAGUUUUUGGUAGCUGAAGAUUUAGAGUCACCGCCUGCGCUGGACUGGCUCGACCUUCGUCUUUGGAAUGAAGACGUGGGCAAAAUACAGAUGUCCGCGCAACUUACGCAAAACAACAAAAGUGCGCUAAACAAGGCAUGGAUCAACAGAACACAAGAGCUGCUACAGAGAUCUAGUGACCAAGUCGUCCGGACUGUGUUGACCUCUGACGUGCCGGAACCGCUCCCCCUGCAUAUAUUGCCUGCUAAUAGGAGUUACAAAAUCGACGUAUACUUUUGGGGUCUUCGAGAAGUGAGCAUCACGAACAAGCCACUGGUGACCCUGGAACUGGAAGACAUCACCAUAAAGUCCGCAAUAAUUACCCAAUGCAAGUCCAACUGCAACUUUCCCAAUGCAAGGAUCUCACAGACAUUCCGAGGUAACUUGACCAACGGAUCCCAGUUGACAAUCAAAUUGUUCGACACCACCACCUUUGGACGGACCCUGCUCGUUGGUUCGAACGUGAAGAGGCCUGAGAAAUACCUUCUCACCUGGCUGCCUAAGAGUGAGAGGGAUGAAAAACUGCUUCUGAAGCCUGUAGUGAACACUCUCUUCAUGCAAGUAAAUCGCAAGACAUUUGUUAAAAGAACUUUGACGUAUCCCGUUUUCGAUAAACCUAAAACCUACAAAAACGAAGAAGACAAGAAUGCAAAAAUAAACUGGGAAAAUAUUAAGAAAUUGUUUUUCAAGAAGGCUUGCGAAGAUGAGUUAAUGCUUCUACCUAUUUACUCUCAAGAAACAGACAACGCCGUGAAAGAGACGGAAGAUGAUUGGUGGACGAGAUAUUAUACUUCGUUAAAUAUAUACGAUUCAGAGUUAGAGGAGCAGCCCGACUUCGCCAAGUUCAAAGACUGGUGCGGCACCAUCAAGAUCUACAACAGCAACAAGACGGGAAUACCUGACAAGGACGAGAAACUCCGCUGUGGCUACUUAAAGGCCAGUAUAGCGAUAUACCAGUGGCCGUCGCCAGCGGACACACUGGCAGUCAGCAGUAGCGGCGUCGACCUACAAAAAGGCUACUUCAACAAUCACCCCGACAACGAGCCAGCCCGGUACCUAGUCCGCGUAUACGCGGUGAAAUGUUCUAGUCUGGUGACCAAUGGUACCACCUCCAGGUGCUACGUGGCCGUGCAGUGCAACUCUAAAAAACUGUGCGACCGGGAGUCUAGCGUGCCGAGGGAUGCUGAACCUACGUUUGGAAAGAUGUACGAGCUCGACUGUACGCUGCCAGAAGACUAUCUCCUGACUAUAUCGGUGCUAGACUGUGGGGCUACGACCGACGAGCUGAUCGGCUGCACCAGUAUUGAUCUCGAGAACAGGGCCUACACGAAAUUUAGGGCCACUGUUGGCCUGGCUUCCGAGUAUAAUAUAAACGGCUCUAACAGAUGGCGUGACACUGACCGGCCGUCGGCCAUAUUGGUGCAGCUCUGCGAGCAAAACCACCUAGAGGCCCCCGAGUUCCCCGAUCCCUCAUCCCUGGUCUUCAACGGGGUGGAGUAUAAAGACCUUGACUCUGGAACGAAAUACACAAACCCCUUAGCAAGCAAGGAGAACCUUUGCCUGAAUAUCCUUCACAAAUGGCACACAAUACCCGUGUGCGGACACCGACUCGUACCUGAACAUGUCGAGAUCAGAACUCUGUACAACCCUGACAAACCCGGGGUUGAGCAGGGUAAGAUCCACAUGUGGGUGGACAUGUUCCUGAUGGACUGUCGACGGACAAUACCGGCGCCUGUCUCCAUCCGUCCUCGCCCUGACGAGUACUAUGAACUGCGGGUGGUUGUGUGGGACGUGCAGGGCUUGAAGCUGGCAAAGGGAGCUAAUAUCUAUGUUAGAGCAUGGAUUGGACCAAGUGAUGAAGCCCAAGACACCGAUAUCUACACGAGCACAAACGGCGAAGGACGAUUCAGUUGGAGAAUGAUCUUCCAGUUUCAAUACAAGCAUACUGAAAGAAAGUUGGUGCUCCAAGACAAGGGCCCGUUCACGGAGGUGACUGAGCUGUUUCCGCCAAUCCUCGUCCUCCAGGUCUUGGAUAUAGACGCUCCGACACUCCAAGAUUUUAUAGGUAUGCUAACGCUCGACCUGUCGGGCAUGCCGCGAGGCUCGAGGUUACCCCACAGCGCGCGCGCUGUAACGAAUAUGCGCAAAGUGAAUAUGUUUUCGGUGCGCAACGCGCGCGGCUGGUGGCCGCUCAGGAUGGUCGACCGGAACUCCGGGGACUAUUAUUUUGCUGGUAUUAUAGAGCUGGAAAUAUCGCUGCUGCCUCAGGAUAAGGCUCUGCUGAUGCCCGUUGGUCUUGGCAGGGGCGCGCCAGUGCCACUGCCUGAUCCAAUCCACCAACCACAUGUACCACGCAGCAAAUCCGACACCUCACUGGUUCAGUGUGGACCAACUACGCUGUUUCUCGUGGCCCUUGGUUUUAUACUGCUCGGUGGCUGUUUGGUCUGGCAACUGCCCCUCAUAGUAGUUAGCAGCAUACCUUCUAUGAAUGUAUAAGUUACACAAACGAAAUCCGACUCAUUGGUCCACUGUGGACCAGCUACACUUCUCGCGGCUGUUUGUACUGGCAACUGCCUGUCAUAGUGGUUAGCAUCAUAUCUUCUAUGAACACAUGUUUCACGAAGCGUCGACCUCGUUGGUCCACUGUGGACCAGCUACGCUUCUCGUGGCUCUCGGUUUUAUACUCCUCGGUUGCCAACUGCCCGUGAUAGUGGUUAGCGUCAUCUUAUCUUAUCAUAUCUGGUGGUUAGCGUCAUACUAUUUAUAAACAUAUCGUCAGGAGACAAGCAAAACUCACUAACUACUAAAAAAUAAUUAAACAAAAAUCAACCUUAUUUGAGUACUAUUAUGGUUCACUAUGACUAUGACCUUGUGGUGGUAAUUAGUGAGUUUUGCUUGUCACCUGAUAGGGGUCCAUUUUAUUACUGUUGUCAUUAUCCCGCCAGCCUGGCGACAAUAGCAUUUUAGUUUGUUAGAAAAUAUCGUCAGGUGACAAACAAAACUCACUAAUUACUACCACAAGUUAAGCCAUAUAGUGAACCAUAUUAAUACCUAUAUAAGGUUGAUUUUUGAUUAAUAUUUUUUUAGUAAUUAAUUAGUGAGUUUUGCUUGUCACCUGACCACCACCUACCGAUAUGUUAUACCACUUUUUAAUCUCUUUAUUUACUUACUCUUAGGGUAGGUGAUUUAUAAUUAUGAAUAUAGUCACUGGUCAUGCUUGAUGAUAGCAUAGAGGAUAGAGUGUUAUAUAUAUCUUUGAUGAUAGGUUCAAUUAUGUUUGUCAAAAAAGGUAAAAAUACCAUCCACAUCCAUACUCUAAUGGUAUAUGUAUUGCAUAAUUAUUUUCCGUCGUAUUUUCACGAAAUCGCACGAACGUGUCUUGCUAUUUCAGUCAGUCUCGGUGCAAAAAGUACUGGUAGGUUGACUGUUACAUUAACUAGAGACUGAUGACACCACAGUUAAACUCAUGGUUAAGUUUUGCGGGGUAAUGACUAUUUUUUUUAAAUACCAGUGUAUUUUAUUAAAUAAAAAACAAGACCGAAGUGGUCCCAUAAGUGUUCCGUGAACAAAGUUUGGUACGGAACACUAAAAAUACGAACGAUUCCUAGAAAAUACGAUGGAAAACAAUUAUUCAUUACAUCUGUAAGUGACAGAAUAAAAUAAAAGCAAUGUAAACCAUUAAAAGUUAAAUAGCUUUAAUAGUUAUUUACACAUUGUUACACGAAUUACAAUUAAUCAACGUUACUUUACACUUAAAAGCUCAUACUGCAGAAAAUAUCCGCAUAUAAAUAUUGUAUCCCCUAAUAAAUAAAUACUUCAAACUAACUUCAUUAUUUAAUUAAAAGAGGUAGUUAUUAUUGUGUUUAACCCAUUGGUAAUCAUGAUUAGAAAAGUAUUAACAAGCAAAUUAAAGAAAAACAAGAGACUUUUCGUCCACACGCCAUACACAAAAACUUCACUCACACGCACAGCUACCAAUAUAACCCAUAACACAACACUUAAAAGUGAUCUCAGCCCUAUGGACAUUACUCACAACGAUUUUAGGCAUUCUUGGCGUCAAAUGGGCCAAGGUGCCUGACCAUUACAUAAUAAUAUUCUCCUUGUAUUGUUCAUAAAUUAUUUAAAACAUAAUUCGACAGUUCAUUCUUAUCUGCAAUCAAUAGGGAGUAUCAUGGUCUAAUAAAACAUGGUCUUCCAUUCCCAGAGUGACACGGGCCUACGUCACAAUAACAUUGCCACUUUAUUUCAACAUAACAUGUUACAUGGGUACAUUAUACCUAUGGUUAAUAAGUUAAAAUAUUUCUUUAUAAAUUUUACAAUAACACGUCAUUUUUAAUUACUCGUUAGCAAUAUCUUCCGAUUCACGAAAGAAAUUUCAGACUUUCGGGUAAUUCUGUUUAUACUACUGGCAACACAGGAUAGCGCUGUGCACAUUUGACAAUUCGGAUCUAGAUAACUUCAUGCCCUGACCGUCAUCCUUGUCGAACGCGUGUUAAUUGUUAUUUCCUUCUCGCUCAGUGUCAGCAGUCGCAGUGUUUUCCAAACUUUUCACGUCGUAAGCUUGGUAAUUAAUGUGUAACUGUGAAUUAGUUUUUUAAACGUUUGUCUUGUAUAGAUAAAUAAGGUUUAAUUUAAUACAUUAGAUUUGUUUUAUUUUACUAUGUUUCUACAUGAAUAACUUAAAAUUAAUGCCGUUAAAAUAAUUUUCACCGUUGGUUAAAAUUCUCCCACAUUUCAAAGUUUGAGAACCUGUAAACAGCAUGAUGACGUAGACGCGUGUCAGUUAGGUCAUACGCGAAUCUCGGAAUGGAGUACCAGGCGGAGUAUAUUAUUAUACCAUGGGGAGUAUUACUGCAAUGUUCUGCCGCCAGAGUGCAGCACUAAUUAGUUUAGUAAACCAUACAGUAACUUACACAUACUAGGCCUUAAACAGUUUUUUGACAAGUUUUCACUAUGACAUUGAUGCAUCAAGGCGGUUUGUUUACAGGUGGCCUACCGCGAAACGCGAAAAUCGAAAUGUCUUUAUCUGCCUCUCGAUCGAUCGAAUAAGCAAGAGCGAUAGAGUCAGAAACCGAACUUUCAACUGUCGUGUUUCACGGUAGGCCAUGUGAUUGACCUAGUAACGCACGAUGAGUCAUUGAUGAUGUCAAUGAGGUUUGUUUACUGUAUGUGCUAGUGGUGCCACCUACGCAGAGCUUUGCCUAAUAUUCCCUAUUCAUCGAUUGGAAUAAGAUAAGUACAUUUUAUGAAAAAGAAAAAAAAAUCUCAAAUGAUUUUUACGCCUAAGACCCUAAGGUUUUAACACGUUCAUCAAGAUAAAGUUGAGAGCC